UUACGCUGGGUUGCAGAAACGAGCCUUUUGCACUUUGCUUUGCAGGUCUGCCCUUGCAAUUUCAUUGAACAAAGCCCCUGCAAAAUCCCUGGGUUAUGAAAUAUUUCCUCUUCAUCAGGUCCUGGACAAGAGAUGGCAUCUGCGGAGCCAGAAAAGGAAGUCCUUGCCUUAUAGAGAGCGCUCUCGGUGUGACACAAUGGCUGAUAUAAAGUGUCGGGAGAGCUGAGCCGAAGGCAAAGGAACAAAGGAAGAUCAAGAUUCGGUGGCUGUCUCGGACAAAAGGAAAGCGGAAAGUGUCUCGGGGAUGGAUAAAUUUAAGGCUGCGCUUGUGCUGGCUGGGGUAGGGGAUGCUCUCGGUUAUCGCAAUUUCUCCCGAGAAAACAAUGCCUUAGGUGCAAAAAUCCAGCAGGAGCUGAAGGAAAUCGGAGGGCUUGAGAACCUGGUGCUCUCCCCCGACAAGUGGCCAGUAAGUGACAACACGCUCAUGCACAUGGCUACAGCAGAGGCUGUCAUCACAGAUUACUGGUGUUUAGAAGACCUGUACCGGGAGCUGGUAAAACGCUACGUGGAUGCUAUCGACAAGCUCUCGGGGAGGCGGCCAGACCCCGCCACCAUCGAAGGCUGCAGGGAAUUAAAACCAGACAACUACCUUCUCGCUUGGCACACACCGUUCAAUGAAAAGGGUUCUGGAUUUGGAGCAUCCACAAAAGCCAUGUGUUUAGGGAUGCGAUACUGGAAGCCGGAAAGGCUGGAGUCUCUCAUUGAAGUGAGCAUUGAAUGCGGACGAAUGACUCAUAACCAUCCUACAGGCUUUCUAGGGUCCCUAUGCACAGCUCUCUUUGUGGCGUAUGCAAUACAAGGGAAACCCCUUGCGCAGUGGGGAAGGGAGAUGAUGAAGGUUGUGCCGAUGGCUGAAGAAUACUGCAAGAAGACCAUUCGCCACAUGGCAGAAUAUCAGGAGCACUGGUUUUACUUUGAAGCCAAGUGGCAGUUUUAUUUGGAGGAGAGAGAAAUCAAUGAGGAAAAUCAGAAUAAACCUGUCUUUCCGGACAACUAUGACGCAGAGGAGAGAGAAAAGACGUACAGGAGGUGGAGCUCGGAAGGCAGGGGUGGGAGACGAGGCCAUGACGCCCCCAUGAUCGCCUAUGACGCCCUGAUGGGCUGCGGCGGGGACUGGACAGAGCUCUGCAACCGCUCCAUGUUCCACGGAGGAGAAAGCGCGGCUACUGGGUCUAUCGCCGGCUGCCUCUACGGCUUGGUUUAUGGCUUGAGUAAGGUCCCCAAAGGCUUGUACCAGGACCUGGAACAAAGGGAGAGGCUCGAGUACUUGGGCGAGAAUCUUUACCGACUAUCCAUGGAGGAAAAGUAAAGCGAUUUCUGCCAUUUUCUCUUUCUAUAAAGACUAUAUCAAGCCCUGUAGAUAACUGACUGAUGUUCAUAGCGAACGAAUUAUCCGAGAGUUAGUCUGAAAGGCUGUAUGUAGAUCGUGUGCAAGCGAAGAUAAGUGAAUUAUUCAAGACUGAUUAGAUAUUUAUGGUCUUUGUGGUUUUUUUACAGAUGUAGGGAUUUCUGAGUAUAGAGUGCUGCUUAAACCAGUGAGAUAAUCUCAAAUGGAAAAAAAUAAAUAAAAUGUCUUUUGACU